AUGCUGAAAACGAGGGCCAGAGAUAAACAAAGGAAGAGAUGGAGAGAAGCUCAACAGCAUAGCCAAGAAUUUAUGGUUUGGCUUAAAGAGAAAGUUGGGCUUGAUGAGCACGCUCCUACUCACAUUCGAUGGUUGUCCUUGGGCCCUUGUGAUGUAGCGCGAAAAUACGUUGGUUACUGCGUCAAUGGCUAUAAAUUUUAUACUAAAGAACGAGAUGCAAAAUGUAAAACUCAAAAUAGCGGGGUAUCUUUGAUUGCUCUAACUUCCAGUUUUGCCAGCACUAAAGAUCGUAAUCCAAUAGUCGAUGAAGUUUCUUAUUAUGGAGCAAUACAAGAGAUCAUUGAAGUUGACUAUUGGAGUUGUUUUAGUGUCGUCUUAUUCAGAUGUGACUGGUUCUGUGUCGAAACGGAUGACUAUGGUCUCACUCGUGUUAAUUUCGAGAAGCGUUGCUAUGUUGAAGAUCCAUUUGUGUUGGCAUCACAGGUCCAUCAAGUAUUUUACGUAGAAGAUCCCAUUGAAAAAGGUUGGCAUUAUGCAAUUAAAACUUUGCCAAAAGACUUCUUUGAUUUUGUGCAAACAGAGGAAACAUACUUUGUAGAGCCAUACGAGUCACCUAAGGAUAGGAUGGAGACAACAACUAAUGAUAAUGAUGAUCUCAGCUGGUGUAGAGAAGAUAUACCUCAUACUGUUGUUGAAUUGGAUUUGGAUGAUACAAUCUCGGAACAAACAGAUAUUUAA